UAUUGCCAGUCACCUGCAACCUCUCAACUGUACAUGCUACCUACCAACAAAACAACAACCUGCUUAAACGUUCAAAUUUUCAGUUUGCACUCGAAAAAAAUCAGGACUGCAGCUCGGUUUUAGUUGAACGUCACGUGGAUGUUUUGAGGAGUUUUGCAGUAACUUUGGUAAUAGUUGCCACCUAACGACCUUUGGAACAAUAUGCUAAGCUAGCCAGCUUUAGCUAAGUCAUGGCUGGCAUGCUCCUACUGAGGACGGCUCUCAAACGGCACUUGGGUAUCUGCAGCUCGUCUGCAUCCGCAGGCGGGAUUUUACCACCACCGAUCCCCGGCUUGCUUGACGGCAGAGCCCGUGGAAGGCAGCUCCACGACGGGGUUGAUGUAACCCAAAAAGCCCCAUUGACGACAGCUCCGGGAAGGCUACCUUUUUCCAAGUUGACCCAGGAGGACUUCGACUACUUCCGGAGGAUUCUACCAGGCAGAACAGUUACCGAUCCCGACCUGUUGGAGACGUAUAAUGUGGACUGGCUCAAAUCUGUCAGAGGUUCCAGUGAGUUGUUGCUGAGACCUCAAACGACACAGGAAGUCUCUCAAAUUCUCCGCUACUGUAACGAGCGUAACCUGGCAGUGAACACGCAAGGAGGCAACACCGGGCUGGUUGGCGGCAGCGUUCCCGUCUACGAUGAGAUUAUCCUCUCCACCUCCCUCAUGAACGGCGUCCUGAGCUUUGAUGCCGUUUCUGGGGUGCUGACAUGCCAGGCGGGUUGCGUCCUGGAGCACUUGUCCGUCUAUUUGGAGGAGCGCGAUCACAUCAUGCCCCUAGACCUAGGUGCCAAGGGUAGCUGCCACAUCGGGGGCAACGUUGCAACCAACGCUGGAGGGCUGCGUUUGCUGCGCUACGGCUCCCUACACGGCAACAUUUUGGGUGUGGAAGUGGUGCUGGCUGACGGUCAGGUGCUGGACUGCUUAUCCACCCUGAGAAAGGACAACACUGGUUACGAUCUCAAGCAGCUCUUCAUCGGAUCGGAAGGCACGUUGGGUAUCAUCACCGCCGUGUCCGUCCUUUGUCCUCGCAAGCCCAAAUCUGUCCAUGUCAUGUUUCUGGGAUGCGAAACGUUCGAGCAGCUUCUGAAGACCUUUCAGCUGUGCAGAGGCAUGCUGGGAGAAAUCCUUUCGGCCUUUGAGUUCCUGGACAGCGAAUGUAUGCGGCUGCUCAACACCCACCUCAAGCUGGGCAACCCCAUCUCUGAUAGUCCAUUUUACGUGGUGAUAGAAACAUCUGGCUCGGACUCGCGGCAUGACGAGGAGAAACUCCACAACUUCUUGGAAGAAGCCAUGACAUCUUCACUGGUCACCGACGGCACCCUGGCGACAGAAGAGUCCAAAACCAAGGCUCUGUGGUCACUGCGUGAGCGCGUCACCGAGGCGUUGACGCAUGACGGCUUCACAUACAAGUAUGACGUGUCGCUCCCCGUGGAGACCAUCUACCAGCUGGUGACCGACAUAAGAGCCCACCUCGGGGGCCGAGCCAAGAGCGUGGUGGGCUACGGCCACGUGGGAGACGGGAACCUCCACCUGAACAUCACCUCCCCCGCCAGAGACGCAGGGCUGCUGGCCGCCAUCGAACCUUUCGUGUACGAGUGGACGUCGGCACGGCGGGGCAGCGUCAGCGCCGAGCACGGCCUGGGACUGAAGAAGAGGAACUACAUUUACUAUAGCAAGCCCCGCUCGGCGGUGGCCGUCAUGGCGGGCAUCAAGGACAUGCUGGACCCGAGGGGCAUCCUCAACCCAUAUAAGACUUUACCGGACAGGCUGCCGUGAAAGGAGAUCUAAAGGUGGACCCCACUUACCUACACACUCCAUUAGACUAAUCUGUCUAGCAACAGUCCUCUGAACCAGGAAAGGAAGGCCUGAGCCACUUCCUGAAGUACACGAGUGGUCCAGCAGGUCCUUAAAAUCAAAGACAAACCCGUUUAAUUGGAAAGAUGGUCAAUUUGAUUAAUCGAUUAUCAAAAGAAUUUUUAACAGCCCUAAUUCCAUCCUUACGGCUAAAGUGCCGUCUCCCACGUUGGCUCUGACGAGGCCGUCCGCGGCGCCCUGUUCGGUGUCGAACUCCUGAAGCCUGCGCGGGCGUCCGCGGCGGAGCCUCCCGCACGCCAGUGCCGCCGCCGCCAACAGCAACGCGAGCGCCGCCACCGGGCCCAGCGCCAGGAGAGCCAGCUUGCCGGCCCCAUAACCAACCGGCUCACCCUGCGGAGCUACGGAACAAGCGGAGAUAAAAGUUGCCCCGGCCAUGAGUCGCUGUCUGUUUAGUGUACCUUAGGGGUCUCAAUCUUAUAGUAUUUUGCAGCCCCUUACUUAAUAUCUUGUGUUUUUGCAGACCUUUUUUUCCCACAACAGAACAAGCUAGCAUAGCUCAGGCUAAUUUUGGUUUUCAGCAGUCUUAACGGUAGCCAAAGUGAAUUUGUUAGCCAAAGUCGAAUAGUUUAAAGACUUAAGAAUUGUCCAAACUCUUAUUUGAGCCUCUUAGUAGCAUUUUUUUUUUAAAAU